AAAUGAUCAAGAACUCCGAGUCUCAACAGAUAAAACUGGAUACUAGCUCAAGAAAGACGAAGAAAGGUCACAAAAGUGUUUUUGACCGCCUUACAGAUGGAGGUCCUAACUUAAAAUCAAUCAGGUCUCUGAACCAGAAGCCAAAGAGUCCUCCCAGAAGGAGUCCCAAGGAGGUUCUGAUUGCGCAUAAAUAACAGGAAGAGUGAAGGACAGGUCGGUAUCAGACAGAAGCUGCCUCCGACUUUUGCUAAAGAAUCACCAAGAGAGACAUAUGAGAAUUCCAGUUAUCUUCCCAGAGCGGACAAGAAGACAACCAUACUUCCUAGCAUUGCCAAGAGCAACAAGAAUUUGUCCAAGAACAAUUUUGGGUAAAAUUGGCUUAAUUUUUGUUUUUUAUUCUUAGAAUUG